UUGAGAUCCCCCAACAGUGGUCUCACUUUAAAUGAACCUAUUGCUCCAGUCCCUGGCAAAUGCCCUAUUUGGUCGGAAAAUACAAAUGAUAUAUUUGCUGACCUUAAAGAUGGUGCAAAGGUUCUCGUCCAGGGCGCAUCGUCAUCGCCUUCUUCACUGAUUUCUCUUCUUUAUCAGCACGUUAUGGAGAAGGGGUUGAAAAAAAUAACAGUCAACCACUUUCACCCACUUGGUCCGCUACCAUACCUCAACGAGGAAGCCAAAGACAAUUUCCGCCUUAAUACAUGCUAUUCCACUAAUUUAUGUCGUGACGCUAUCAACACCGGACGGGCAGACUUCACUCCGAUAUCAGUUUCGGAGAUACCUCUUUUUUAUCGCUCGGGGCGUGGGGAGACGGACUAUGCCCUUAUUACGGUUACGCCUCCUGACAAACAUGGCUUUUGCUCCUUAGGGGCCGCGGUUGGCACUGUGCGUUCGGCUAUCCAAAACGCUAAGAAGAUAAUAGGUAAGAGUUUCAGUGUUAUGAUGGCUAUUCUGUUAGGUCAGGUUAACCCGAUGGCACCAACCACUUAUGGCGAUGGGACUAUUCAUUGCAGCAACAUUGAUUACUUUGUGCAUGGACCCCAAAUGUUGCAUCAAAUUCCGCCUCCGAAGACAAAUGUUACAGAGCAGAAAAUUGCAAAGAUUAUUGCUGAAAAUCUUGUGGAGGACGGUGCAACAAUACAGCUAGGAUUUGGUCGCAUUCCAUAUGAAGUCGCCAACCAACUUCGUGGUCACCGUGACUUAGGCGUGCAUGCUGAGAUGUUCUCGGACGGCAUUGUUGAUCUUGUCAAUCUGGGCGUUGUAAAUAACAGAAAAAAGACGGUUAGACGUGGGCGCAUUGUUGCUAGCUACACCAUCGGCACAGAGAAGGUUUUCGAUUUCAUUAAUGAAAAUCCUCUGGUUGCACUCUACGAUAUCGCUUGGGUUAACUCCAUCGAGGUUAUUGCCCGCAAUCCGAAGGUAACAGCUGUCAAUACUGCCUUCGAGAUAGACCUGACAGGCCAGUGCGCUAGUGACAGUCUUGGGAACUCGAUUUUCACCGGCGUCGGGGGCCAUAUUGACUUCACACGUGGAGCUUCCCUUUCCAUUGACGGCCGUGGUCGCCCAAUCAUUACGAUGUGCUCGAAGAACUCUGCUGGGAAUUCCGCUAUCGUUCCCUUUCUGACAGAUGGCAGCGGU